AUGAAUGCUGACUUUAAGAACGCCUUCGAAGCUCUUCAUAGUAAGGUGAAACUAGUGAACGACUUCUCAUCUGGAAAGAAACUGAAGUCUGAAGGUUUCGACAAAGAGUUAAGAGAAGUAGCACAAAAUAUGACGAAAAUAACAGAUGCAGCAACGAGACAGGCAGUUCAAAGUGCCUAUGACGCCGUUAGAGCAACUGUUGUGGAAAGUCAAGAAAAAGAGUUACAACAGACCAAAACAGACCUAGUAAAUGCUUUCUUAAGAACGAAAAGUCAGGUAGGACAUUAUGCUGCAGAUGGAACAUAUGUGCCAGCUGGUGGAACUUAUAUACCAGCUGGUGGAACUUAUAUACUAGCUAGUGGAACUUAUAUACCACCAAACCCUCCAAGAGAAGCACCUGCACCAGGACUACCUAAAACAUUUACAUCGUCACAUGGACACAGACACAGGCAUGCACCAAAACCAACAGUUCAAAAUCCAGCACAGCAACCAACAGUUCAAAAUCCAGCACCACAACCAACAGUUCAAAACACUACACCACAACCAACAGUUCAAAACACUGCACCACAACCAACAGUUCAAAACACUGCACAGCAACAACCACAAACAGAGCAAGGACAUAAAAGAAGUAGAGAACAAGGAAACCAAGAAUUCUUAAAAAUGCUUAAGGAAAAUUAUGGUUACCCAGAUACUCUUGACUUUAGUGACAGAUAUAAAGAAGCUAUUAGAAAGUUCAAGGAAGGAAAUACUGACCCGAACCUAUUUAGCUUUAUGGUUCAGCACCAAAUGGGAUAUAAUUUCAAACCUGGAAAAUACAAGCUCGCUAAGGGAUAUGAUUUAAUAGCAUAUCAUCCAAAUGACAUGACUGAAUUUACUCCGAGAUAUUUGGUGUCAGAGCUAAAUGAUAAUUCAACUCUCUUCAUGAAACGCGUAAAAAAUAGAGACGGAACGAAAGAAGAAAGGUUUAUGAGUCCGGAUGACUUAGAUAGGGAACUUUUUAA